GGAAGUUGACGGACGAUUGCAAGCUUUUAUGAGGGGCGAGUUCAGACACAAAAUUAAACUAUUGAGAAUUUGAUAGUUUCCAGUGAUUUAAUCCCCCUUUCCCUACUCUAUGGCUUCUGGUUCCAACAUGGACAUAGAGGGCGCGACCCAGCACCUUCGGGACAUCUUAAAACUGGAUCGUCCCGGUAAUUCGGCCGAGCCCUCUUUGGUAGAGAGCCAGAGAAAACCAUCUUUCAAUGGAGAGUUGAAUGGCGUUCUUGGAGCGGAUCUUAUUGGAGCAGGAGGACUUGCGACAAUGGUGGAGCCAACUGCUCACUACUCAGACAAACUUAAUGGACAGGACACACAGACUAUCUGCCUUUCAGGAGACGAUGGGUCCACCUGUGUCCCCAUCAGAGCAAUCAAUGUUGAAAUUGUAUCCAGUCAUGACUCUAGUAUUGACAGUAAGGCUCGUGGCAGCAACAAGGUUAAAAUUCAGCCAGUGGCCAAAUAUGACUGGGAGCACAAGUACUACUAUGGCAAUUUAAUAGCCGUGUCCAACUCAUACUUGGCUUAUGCCAUCAGAGGCGCAAACAAUCAUUCUAUGAUCCGAGUGCUGCGGCUGGGAUCAACAGAGCGUUCGCUGCUGAAGGGCUUCACCGGUGCAGUCACAGACCUUGCUUUCGCCCACUUGGACUCCACCGUUUUGGGCUGCGUGGAUGAGGCUGGAAACAUGUUCAUUUGGCAGCUCACUAGCCACAGCAGCAAAAUACACGAUGAAGUGAUCGUUCACAUCCGAAGGCCUGAGGACACCCCACUAAAUUCCAACCGCAGACUCAUCUGGUGUCCCUUCAUCCCGGAGGACAAUGAUGAGAACCCAGAGGAUGCGUGUCAGACACUGGCACUCCUUCAUGAAGACAGAGCUGAGGUUUGGGACCUUGACAUCCUCCGAUCCAAUAACAGCUCAUGGCCUGUGGAUGCCACAGAACUGAAAGAGGGCUUCAUCACCAUUAGAGGACACACAGCACGCAUUAGUGAGGGAGCUCUGUCCCCUGAUGGCACGGUCUUGGCCACAGCCAGUCAUGAUGGAUUUGUAAAGUUUUGGCAAAUCUACAUUGAAGGACAGGACCAACCCAGAUGCCUGCAUGAAUGGCAGCCACAUAAUGGACGGCCUCUUUCCUGCCUGCUCUUUUGUGACAACCACAAGAAGCAAGACCCAGAAGUUCCUUUCUGGCGCUUCCUGAUCACUGGAGCUGAUCAGAACCAGGAACUUAAGAUGUGGUGCACAGUGUCAUGGACGUGCUUACAAACUAUCAGGUUUUCCCCCGAUCCAUUCAACAGCAGUGUACUACCCAGCCUGAAGGCCAGUUUGGACCUGUCUGCAGAAUUUCUCAUUCUCAGUGAUGUUCAGAGGAAGGUGUUGUACGUCAUGGAGCUGUUACAGGAUCAGGAAAAAGGCUGUGCCAGCUUCACUGCAGUUUCAGAGUUUCUGCUUACACACCCUGUGCUCAGCUUCGGCGUACAGGAUGUCGCACGCGCCAGACUGCGCCACACAGAAGUCCUUCCCCCUGAUGAGGAAAGUGAAAGCAUGACGACAGAAGGAAACCAGGGACCCUCGGAGUCCAAAUCAGGAAUCCAGAUUAAACUCUACUGUGUGCAUACAAAAUCACUACAGGAUGUGCAGAUCUGGUUCCAGCCCAAUCAGGGGGCCUCUUCCUCCCUCUUCAUGCCACAGUCUGGAUCACAGGAUGGCUUUGGUUUUUCUGACCCACUGGCUGAUCUGAAUGUGGAGGCAAUGAGCUCUGAUAAAGAGUCUGGUGAUAGUGGAUCACAGAAUGACCUGAGUAAGAUUCUGGCUCUUCCAACUCCAGCUGACUUCAUGAGUCCAGCCCCAUCAGCCUUGCCCAAACUCAUGACCCCAGAUGCCUUCAUGAUGCCCAGCGCCUCCAUGCCUGCUUCUCCUGGCAGCAGUGCCAGCAGCCUGACCAUAGUCACGGCCAUGAGCAGCUCAGAUAGCGGUGCAAGAGGUGGAGAUGAUCUGGCCCAGAGCCCUAAAAUGUCUGUCGAAUGUGGCAACAGCAGCUUGACUCUGAAUGCCAGCGCAGGCAGUCCAAGAUCCAACUCUAUCCUCAUCUCAGGCCUUGGGGAAAAUAUCCAGGCUUUCUCUCCCCCACUUGUGCUCUCCACAUCCCUCCUGCGAGAGGCCUCUCUGCUCUGUGAAGCUGCUCCUUAUUCUCACAGACUUCCCCUUCCUUAUUUCCCAUCUCCUCUUCCACAGGUUUCCCCUCCAAACCCUCCUCUCUCCCUGGAUCUCCAGGCCAUAGACCCCAUGGUUGUCCCCCAGGCCUCUCCGACCAGAGCUCGCUCUCCAGAUGUCAUCUCCUCUGCUUCUACGGCAAUGUCCCUGGACAUCCCCGAGAUCGCCUCAGAGACCCUGCAGAGGGGGCUGGCCGGUGCCGCUGCUGACUCGGGCCCUGUCCUGCAUUCUGACAGCAUGGCAUCAGCCGCAUCAGUCCUCCACCUGUUGUCUCCAAGAGCCCGGAGCAGUGCUGAGCACAGUUUGCUGCCUCUGGAAUUGGGUGCAGCAUCUGUGGAUGGAGAACAGAGACUCAAUAACACACCCUCCCUGCUGGAGACGGCUCUGUCGCAGGAGAACGCAGUAGCGGCUGGAGGAUCCUGUUUGGAAAGCAGCGUGAACCACACCUGGCCCGCAGCACCUGAUAUCACACGAGAAACUCGCAACAGCCUGAGAGACAAUGGUUUGGGAGACUGCUCUAGGGAGGAAAUAAAGGACAGACACAUUUCUUCUCCAUACCACAGGCGCACAUAUCACCUGACUCAGAACGAUAGUCAAGAUGCAAGUGCAGAGCAGAGUGAUCAUGAUGAUGAGGUUGCCAGUCUGGCCUCCUCCUCGGGAAAUUGUGGCCCUCGCUCCUCUCACAGACUUCCUGUGAAAGACUGGAAAACAUCUCCCCGCAGCUCCCCUAAGCUCAAGAGGAAGAGCAAGAAGGAUGAAGGAGAGUCCUCACAGUCUAGACAGAUUGAGAACCAGAUGAGCACAGAGGUGCAGGAUGAGCUCCUACAGAUGUUACGGAGCCAGCAAAGGGAGAUCGCUGAGCUGAGACAGAACCAGCUGGACAUUCUACAGAGAGUCACCAGCCACAUGGACGCUGUGCAGAGCUCCAUCAUGGCUCACAUUGAGCACGCCAUGUUGGCUCAGCAGGAACAAGAACAGAGAAGAAUGGAGAGAAUUCUGGCUGAAGGACAAAGCCGGAACCAACAGCUCCAGGACCAGCUGGUUCAGCAGCUUGUCCAGACACUGAACAACAGUCUCUGCAAUCGGCUAGACAAAGUUUUGCGUGAAGAAAUGAAGAAGACCGUCCCACAGGCCAUAUCGAAGAGUCUAGAUCCUGUGACUGGCCAGAUGAGCAGCACCAUCGCUGCCAAGUUAACCGCAGUGGAAGGAACACUGAAGGAAAAUGUCACCAAAGUUGUUAAAUCCAAGAACACUACGGAUGCUAUCGGUCGUGCUGCUGCAGAGGCCAUGCAGGGCCCCAUCCAGGCGGCCUACAAAGAGACCUUCCAGAGCAUCGUGCUGCCCGUGUUUGAGAGAGGCUGCCAGUCCAUGUUUCAGCAGAUCAAUGACAGCUUCAAACAGGGAACCAACGAGUACAUCCAACAGCUGGAGACACACAUCAAGAACAGGAAACAGCGGGACCAGGAUGCACGGGAUCCUGUGAUUGGCCAGCUGCAACAGAUGAUUGACACUCUCCAGAAUUCUCAAGACCAGCUGGCCACCACUGUGACGGCCAGCGUGUGCUCUGACGUUCAGCAUCAGCUCCACAUGAUCGUGGGAAAUCUGCAGGACUCAAUCCUGACGCAGGUGCAGCGCAUAGUGAAGGGAGAGGUGAGUCUGGCCAUGAAGGAGCAGCAGGCAGCUGUCACCUCCAGCAUCAUGCAGGCCAUGCGCUCGGCCGCAGGAACACCUGUACCGUCCGCACAUCUGGACUACCAGGCCCAGCAGGCCAGCAUACUGCAGUUACUACAGCAGGGCCAGCUCAAUGAGGCCUUCCAACAGGCUUUAUCUGCAGCAGACUUGAAUCUGGUGCUGUACGUGUGUGAGACCAUUGACUCCCAGCAAGUGUUCGGCCAGCAGCCCUGUCCACUCCAUCAGGCCGUCCUUCUGUCUCUCAUCCAGCAGCUCUCCACCAACCUGAGCACACGCACAGAACUCAAGAUCAGCUAUCUUGAAGAUGCUGUGAUGAACCUGGACCAUGGAGAUCCAGUCACCAGAGACCACAUGUCUGCAGUGCUGUCCCAGGUACGACAGAAGCUGUUACACUUCCUGCAGCAGGACGCCCACAGCCCUCUUUGCAAGCGUGCUCGGCGCCUCAUGAUGAUGCUGCAGGGCCUGGUCAAUCACUAGAAGAGCCCCUCCGGAUGGCGCAGCUGACAUCUUCACAACCUCUCAGUCAUUGUUCUGCAGUCUAGUAGACGACCGUCAUGACCUCAUACCACCCUGCUGUUCAGUUGCUUUAUCUGUGCUCUGCAGCUUAUUGGCUCUCUCAAGAAGCACUAUUGGGAGUUGUAGUCCAGGCUUGGACUAUAUAUUGGUGGCUUUGGACUACACC